AUGAGAGUUAUAUUGGGCAGUAUGCGUUCCACUCCAAUUAGCAUUAUGCUUUCCGAAAUAGAUGAACCACCUCUUGCCCUACGUAGACAAUCUCAAAAUCACAACAAAUUACGCACCAAAAAGCUACAAUACUUUGACCUAUCCUGGGAUGACCUAAACAUUCCCUUCAAAACUAUAAUAGACACUGAUUCGGGAUCUGAAAUUAAAGAUAGUCAACAGCCAUCUCAUGCACUUAAUAAUCUAUUACAAACUCGUUUCCCGGAUAGUUUACAGAUCUUCACUGACGGAUCUAAAGACCCUGUGAAAUAUGUGUCAUGUGCAAGCUUUGUUGUACCUGCCACUAAUGUCAAUUUUGGUAACAUGUCUGAAAAUAAUAUCAAUAUGCUAAUGAAGGGAACAUUCAUAUCAAUAUGCGUGCUAAUUGAACUCAGCAUUUAUUGCGCUUUGGGAGAAUACCUGCAAUCUAAGAGCUUUUUAAUUGCUGAAGCUGCAUAUUUCAUCCCCUGGUAUGAAUUACAAUGCAGUGAAGCAAAAAUUAUUAUGUUAAUAAUACAAAGAUCUCAAAAACCAAUGACUAUUACGGCUGGAAAAAUAUUUAGUGCCUCGCAUUCCACUUUACUAAACAUUAUUAAAACAUCAUUAACAUAUCUAUCAGUUCUUCGAGCUUCAAGACUCUAA